AACUUUUCCUCUCAAAACACCGAGUACUCAUCCCGCUUGCGAUCGAACCGAAAAUCGAGGUUUGAAAGGAGGACCGACUAGAUGGCGCCUAAAAAGAAGCCUUUCACGUAUUGCGAAGGCGCGCCGUCCUGGAACCCGACGACAUACAUCGCAGACGCCCCACUACACGCGCGCGUCGAAGCGCUCCUCGCCAACGAUGACUUCGCGUCCGCCAUCGCCGCAUCAUUCUCGCUCCCACCACCGAACCGCGACAAAUACACCUACCACGCGAUCGUCAGCGUGACGCUUCCGGAAGUACAGCACGCCAUAUCGCUCGGCCGACAAAACGGGCUACACGCAUGGUACUUCGCGCCCACACCCACGCCGACGCCGCCCCCUAACGAUAACGACGCCACAACCACCACCCCCCAACCACAAAAGCAAACCCUAACAUCCCUCGCACCACCCCCGCGCCCGGACACCGAAGCCUACCUCGCGCUCUUCUCCCCCAGCACAUCCACCGCCUCCGCGCUCAAAACCCUGCACUCCAACGCGCGAAAAUCCAGCCUCCGUCUCUCAACCGCCCUCCACCUCCUCUCAAAACGGUACCUGCACCCCUCGCUCCCCUCCCUCACCAUCCCAAAACAAAGCAAAAAAUCCCCCUCCCCACCGACGAACCCAUACCUCCAAUUCCUCAUCUGGAGCAUCAAAGCCCUCGAAUGGUGCGGCCCUUGCCCCGCCUCCACGCUCGCAGGUCUACGCUCGCACCCCGUGCUCCCGAUCCUAAUGCACCACUUCGGGUGCGCAUGUCCCUCGCACGAAGCCCUUUCCAUCCUCCGAGUAGUCGCGGCCGGUAGGCCUGUUUUCGAUAUAGGCAGCGGAGGUGGGUACUGGACGUACAUGCUACGCGCGUACGGGGUGGACUGUGUGGCGGUUGAUAGCGCGCAGAGCGAGUGGCGGGUGAACUGGGUCGACGACACUGUGAUUUCCGACGGCGCUGCGUUUUUGAAGAGGCGGAAGGCGAGGAAUACGGGGGUAGCGGUGGAUCCGGACGAGCCGGUGCUGUUGCUGGUCUACCCCAUUGUCGGGGGAUCGAUAGCGGGCGGUUCGGAAGGCGGGUUUACGCGCGCGAUGUUGGAUGCGUAUUCUGGGGAUACGCUUGCGGUUGUGGGGACGCAGAACCGGAAUGGGUAUACGGGGUUUAGGGGGGAGAGUAUGGAUGAGUAUAUGGAAAGAGAGCAGGCCUCGAACGGCUGGGUUAAGGUUGUGCAGGUUGCGCUUCCGAGCUUUCCCGGUAAGGAUGAGGCUCUGUUUGUUUUCCAGAGAGGUGCUCGGGCUCCUACUUCUGAUCGUACGGAAGUUGGCGAAAGAGAUGAGGGUAAGAGUAAAGAUGAAAAUAAGAGCAGUAGCGGUAAUGGUAAUAAAGGGGCUUCGUAAGUAAUGCUGUCUUUGGUAACAUCUUGUAAGGAUACCUAAAGUAAGUGCUGCUAUCGCCCGCUAUCACUGUUAGCGGAAUAAGGUGGUUACGAGGAUUGUUACAGGAAUCCGUUGAUUUCAUUAUGACCCUAUAUACGGAAAAGUCAAAGAACUCCCAGAAACCCCAGUGACUACAGAAUGAGCACAUGAAAACCACCGUCAUCGCCAAUCGUUCAUCCCGCGUAUCCUCCGCCAAAAGAGUUGUCGGUUGCUGAUUCG